UAUCAAUUUUCCAAUAUUUAGAAAAAGAAAUAGACAAGAGAAUUCAAAUAAUUUUAUUUCAACUGUAUUAUCAAUUUCCACCAAUAUUCUUACUGUUACAACAACUAAAUCAUCUACAAAAGCUCAAAUUAAUCAUAAACAACAACAACAACAACAGCAGCAACAACAACAACAACAACAACAACAACAACAGCAACAACAACAACAACUACAGCCACAAUCAUCUACAACGCCAGCCGCUUAUCAAUUUAAUCUUUUGUUUAGAAUGACUCGUGAUGGUGCAUCUGCAUAUCAUGAUAGAUGUAUGAAUCAAGGACCCACUUUAGUGUUAACUAAAAUCAAAUUACCAUCAUCAUCUUCAAAUAACAGAUAUAUUUUAGUAGGAGGGUAUAAUCCGAUCGGAUUUAAUUAUUUUCCUAAUUCAAAUUAUGAAAGUAAUUCAUCCACUUUAAUAUUUACAUUUGGUGAUGGUAAAUCAUUUGAAAAAAGUGACGUAAUUAAAAUGAUGAUUGGUGAUGAUAAUUGUAACAAAGAUUGUACAAAAAUCGCAAAAGAUUGUUCAAAGAAAAGUACUCCUACAACAUUAUCAAUGAAAAAACCAAAAAAAGAAUCAAUUUUCACAAAAGUUAAUAAUAUUUCUUCUAUUUCUAUUAAUAAUUAUAAUAGAUUUGAAAAUAAUGCCAAUGGAUUAAAUUUUGGUAAUCAUUUAAUUAUUAAUUUUCAUGAUAAAAUUGUUGAAUUUAAUGGUGGACAAAAUUUUGGUUUAAUUAAAAGUGAUAUUGUUGAAUGUGAAAUCUUUCAAGUUAAAGAAUUAUGUUAUUAGAUAAUUUAGUUUUAGUCUUUUAGAUUAAUUUAGAUUAGUUUAGUUUUUUAGAGGCGUUAAAAAAAAAAAGAAGGCGUUAAAGGAAAGAGAGUACUUUUAGUGUAAAUUAUUAAUGUAAAUUUCUUUUUUUCCCCUUUUUUAAUUAAUUUAUUUUAUUUAUUAUUAUUUA